AGGGACUGAAAGGAGAAUAACCAAAGCUACACUUGCACUGAUACACACCAAUGAACAAUUUUCUUCCACGAAUAAAAAAGCGGGAAAAAAAGCCCUCUUUCUCUCAGAAGAUAUCGAUUCAACUCGCAGCAAUCAGCAAUGGCGCCACUACUGCAGAGCUCUCAGCCAUGGGUCGAGAAAUACAAGUGAAGGACGUCGCUCACCAGGACGAGGUCGUUCGAGUCCUCACCAACACACUGGAGACGACGAAUUGUCCGCACAUGCUGUUCUACGGUCCUCCGGGCACGGGGAAAACGACUACAGCUUUAGCAAUUGCACACCAGCUUUACGGGCCUGAGUUAUACAAGUCUAGAGUGCUCGAGCUGAAUGCUAGUGAUGAUCGUGGGAUCAAUGUUGUCCGCACGAAAAUAAAGAACUUUGCUGCCGUUGCUGUGGGUACUGUUCGCCAUGGUGGUUAUCCCUGCCCACCUUAUAAGAUUAUAAUUCUUGAUGAGGCUGAUUCAAUGACUGAAGAUGCUCAGAAUGCCUUGCGUCGCACAAUGGAGACAUACUCGAAAGUAACAAGAUUCUUUUUCAUCUGUAAUUACAUCAGCAGAAUUAUCGAACCUCUGGCAUCUAGAUGUGCGAAAUUCAGGUUCAAGCCGCUUACAGAAGAAAUCAUGAGUACUCGUAUCUUAUAUAUUUGCAAGGAGGAGGGUCUUAACUUGGAUUCAGAGGCUCUUUCAACCUUAAGUUCUAUUUCUCAAGGUGACCUGCGCCGGGCUAUAACGUAUCUACAAGGUGCUGCUCGCUUAUUUGGGUCUUCAAUUUCAUCCAAAGACCUAAUUAGUGUGUCUGGUGUCAUCCCUGAGGAUGUCGUGCAGGCUCUAUUUUCUGCUUGCAAAAGUGGCAAUUUUGACACAGCGGAUAAGGAGGUUAAGAAUGUAAUUGCUGAAGGAUAUCCAGUCUCCCAGAUGCUAUCCCAGUUGUAUGAUGUGCUUGUGGAGUUAGAUGAUAUAGCAGAUGACCAGAAAGCAAGAAUAUGCAAGAAACUGGCCGAGACAGAUAAGUGUCUUGUGGAUGGAGCAGACGAGUAUUUACAACUUUUGGAUGUCACAAGCAACAUAAUGCGUGCAAUUCAUAACAUGCCUCAUGAAUUUUCCUUUGGCGGUUAGGCGUCCAAGUCCUUGAUUAACAUUCUGUUUAGCGUAAAAAAAAAAACACGACAAGUUAGGGAUUUCAUGGUGGAAGUUAAUCUCCCACUUGUUGUUUUGUCUAUUCAUGAAUGUUUUGUAUGUUUGACAUUCCGUAAGUUGCUUAAUCCUUGGAGGAUUUUGUUGUGCAAUGAAAUUGGUUUUAACCAUUGCUUGAUGUGAUUAAGUUGCUUUUCCCUGUGUUAUUUCUCAUGCGUAAUCUUGUCGUAUUAUUACAUUUCCUCAGUAAAAUAUAACCCUAAUGAAAAGCCAAAGCAUGAUAUAGGUAAUUAUUCU